AGAGGACAUUCCCAGCGAGCAUCCAAGGGGUGUGGAUCCUGAGGGAAGUCCUGUGUUUGUGUGAGGAGAACGGAGUGAAUGAGGAAUAGAGAGAGACAGAGAGAAAGAAAGACAAGUAGAAAAAGACAGAGAGCUAAGAGAAAAACUUCAAUCAAGGAGACGGAACAGACCUCCUCUUGGUAACUCUGGUCCUCUCGGACUGUCGCCGCUCCCUGAGUGACACAGGCACACAAAGGCCAAGAGUUAGAGACAGAGAGCUUUAGUCCAGAGGGACAGUUUAAUGUGGGUGUCAUUCGGGUGAGGCUUGAUUCACGAAGGAAGACAUGUCUGGUCAUUUACUAAGGAGAAACACCAGCAAGGCAGGUCUCCAGAACCUGCUGAGGAUGACGACCCAGAGGAGCAUGGAGGAUGCCGAGGAGAUCGAGCGGGAACGGCGGCGUAGGGCCCGGGAGAGAAGCCAGGGGUCCCACAACGACCAGACCGGGCCAGCAAGCCCCACUCGCCUUACACAGGACAACGGGCCUCAGGAAACAGAUGCACUGUGUGAGAGCGAGCUGAAGGCGAACGGUUGCCAGCUGGCCUUGGAAGAAGACGAGGGCUUCAGCGACUGGACCCAAAGGUUGGAGAAACGCAGACAGCGUCACUUGGAGGAGCAGGAGGGCCGAGGGGACCGGCCUCCUCCAGCCCUGGACCAGCAGCCCGGCUUGAAUGGGGUGGCCCCCACCAAACCAUGCCUUAAGACUCGGUCCGUGCCUGGACCGGAGGAGACGGAGGAGUGGGAAUGGAGUGGGAGCGAGACACAAGAGGCUCCCCAGACGGUAGACGGUGACAAGGUGCGGUUACGGUGCCGACCAAACUGGAUUCAGUCGGAGAACCGGUCCAGUUUCAAAGUGGCAGAAAAGAAGAGGUCCGAAUUGAAGAUAUCCUACACAUCUAACAUGAAGAAGCACGUCAGGAGGAACGGGGAAACACCUGGGGUGGAAGUUACUUCAUAUCUAGUUGCAGGGAAAAUGACCCCAAGUCUCAGUCCAUGCUUGGGACAGCAGGUGGAGGAGGUAGAUGGAGGUGCUCAUGAGGGCCUGAUGGAGACACAGCAGAAGCUGGGCCAGGGACAUGGAACCCUGGAGCAGCUGAGACAGAGGCAGCAGGAGGACCAGGAGGAGAUGGAGGAGGUGAACCGCAGGAGAGAGGAAAGAAAUAGAGCCAGGGAGGAAGAGGAGCAGCGGAGAGGGGAGGAAGAGUCACACAAACAGAAGCAAGUUGAGGAGGAGACCAGGACCGUGAAUGAGGGGAUAGACAGGAGGAGGGCAUCGGCGGAGAGAAGGUUGAAGAACCUCAGUAUCUCCAGCAAUGAAGGAGAUGAGUCACUCGGCCAUUUUAGUCCCAUGAGCCCCACAUUCAAGAAUGAGGUGGAGGAGAGAAUGACAACAGAGAGCGCGUGUACGCUCAACGAGAGGACCGAGUCUCUGAAUCGCUCUCUACAGAAAAGUAACAGCAUAAAGAAGACUGAGCCUCCCCUACCCAUCUCCAAGAUUGACAACAGACUGGAACAGUACACUCAUGCAAUUGAGGAAGCAAAGGUCGCCAAGCAACAGGCCCUGACGGACCUGCCCAGCCCCUCUGAGCCUGUAGCCUCCAAGAAGAGCCUGUUUGAGGCAGGGGAAGCCUGGAGUCAGACCCCCAAGGGGACACCCUCCAAGGAUACGGAAGGUCUGAAAGUAGGCGUGGCCGACCUCAUCCACCAAUGGGUGAAGGGAAACCCAGACGGCAGCUGCAAAAGCCCCUCCUCCAUACCAGCCGAGGUGAAGGCUGGUGAUGUGCUGAGCAAGAAGAACCUCUGGGAGAACGUAGGAGACUCUCCGUCACCUGGGAGAGUAGGAAAGGGAGCCGCUGGUAAAAAGUACAAGUUUGUGAUGAUGGCCCACGGCAAGUAUGAAAAGGUGGCGGUUGGUGAUGAUGCUUGACAGUUCCUUGGGAAGAGAAUUGGGAAGAGACUUUGGAUUCCGCAAAUAAGUCAUUACCUACAAUCAUUAUGUCACUUCUUAUUUAUCAUUCACUGUUUGCAUUCAAUCACUGGCCUACAUAUCCAUCAAUACAUAAAACAAUGUGUAGGUCAACAAUAUUUUGCUUUGUUCCAUCUAUCAGCUAAUUUACCAGCAUUUUAAAAAAAAAGUGUAAAAUAAAGUCUAAAUAUGAAAUUA